GCAAGUUCCGUUCCCUGUAAAGAGAAAACGGGGAAACGAAAUAAACAAUGAGAGAGAAAUUCCAACAGAGAGAAAGAGCAAUCAUAGCACAGCUCUCUCUCUCUCUCUUUUAUUCCGAUCGUGAGGGUAAAGAAGUUGGUAAAGUUCGAGCCGCAGACGCAGUUGUUGAUUUGCAGGCGUGAGUUUCCUCGGGGCUUCCACUUGUUGCUUUUGAUCGUUUCCUUUUUUAGGUUGAUCGGCACUUCAAAGCAGCAUCGGAGCAUUACAUUGGUUUUGCAAUCGUGUUUGGCGUCGUGUUAUUCGGAAAGCCAAUCAAUCCAGCAUUAAAACUCCCCAUCAAUUGGAAUCAACGGACUGACUACAAUCAAGUGGAACAUUGCGGCAUAAAAUUACCAAGUUAACUGCAACCCCCCGAUUCAAACGACCCGGAAAUAGCAGAUAAACCCGCAUCCAAAUGCAUCAUCGUCAAUAGGCGAUCGAUAGGCGAAGAGGAGGCGUACAUUCAAUUGCCAUCGCCAACGAGAUGUCAUCCGACAGAAUAUCUAUCAUUUUCAAUAUUCAACUAAAGUGUUUCGUUUUGUGAAAUACAGCAAACAUCACAAGCGCCUUGUGAUGUGAUGCAAAUAGAGCAAUACGGCUGAAGCAAAUCCAUCACCACGAAUAUCGAAUUCAAAGUGCUACAACCUUGUCGUAAACCACCAAAUCCCACGGUUACACUGGCAAACACUGCAGCAGAUCAAAACGAUAAAAGGAGGCAACAGCGUAAAACAGCGUCGUUUGAAGAACAGCAGCCGCCAUUACGGAUGGUCGAUUUUAAUUGACCACCUUUUGCUCGGUCACCGAAUGCACAAAUCUUAAACACCGGUAACCGUGUCCGAUUCCGAGCGACGUCCGUUUCCAAAAGUGUGCGUAGCACUAGUUUAAAUGCAGGCAAACAAAGCGUCCGUAGGCCACAGUUUGACGGCGGUCGCAACAUUACCAGCCCGUGCUACGUUUGCGCCUCUGUAAUAUCCAUGAGGAGCGCAGCGCACACACGAUAGAAUAUUUAUGAUACCAUCACGAAACACGGACUCUCGUUAGAAUUUGGCUGGUUGGUGUGUGCCGAGCCAAAAUCGAUUAUACUUCGAGGUUGUGUUACUCUCGAUGCCAUAAAUAACCGAUAACUAACUGCCCGUACACAACCGUCUCGGAGUUAGGCACAGUUGUAUAAUGGCGACGGCGGAGUAACUUUGCAGGAGACGCUACGGGUUUGCUUUGCUUUACUUUGUCCGGCACUUCGCACUUGCCGCAGCAAAUCUUUGCCGAUGGGGCAUUUUCUUAAACCGGACGAUACAUCCGAAAUCGAGCCAUUCGAACCGGAGCGCACCAUCUACCUCGGUUCGACAGAGACGGGCACGACGGCGUCCAUGAUGGGCAGACGGGCCAAACCGAAACCAACCAUCGUUAGCAGCUCGGAGGCACAAGCUGCUGGUAACAACAAUGGCCAAAGCGGGCCUUCACACCCCAGCCCAAACAAGCGGCUCACCAAACCAAAGCAGAAAACGCGGGACUCUGAUUGCUGCAGCAUUAACUUUAUCAAGUAUUCGCUGCACAUAUUCAACACCAUAUUUCUGAUAUCGGGUUUAGUUAUAAUUGGCGUCACCUUGUGGACGAUAUUCUGGAAGCAUCAGUACAUUUCCCUGCUUUCCACCACCAACUAUGUUAUCGGAACGUAUGCCCUAUUGGCCGCUGGUUUGCUUGCCGUUGUCGGCGGUGUUCUCGGGUGCUGUGGCGUAUGGCACGAGCAGCGGGGAGUUUUAGUGCUGUACACUUUUGUGCUGCUGAUCGUGUUCCUGCUGGAAUUUAUUGUGGGCGGCUUAGCUUAUCUCUACGAAACGCAAAUCGAGACGGAGCUGCAGCACACGCUCAACGCAACCUUCAUGGAGCACUACGGCGUGAGUGAACAACAAACAAAAGCUGUCGACAGCCUGCAGCAGGAGUUUUCCUGCUGUGGCGCGGUACGGUUCGAAGAUUGGCGCCACAGCGUGUGGUUGCGGUCACGGCGCAAAGAUCUGAUAAAACCCACCGAGGGACGUUUGGUGCCAGAUUCGUGCUGUAUAACUGUGGUUUCCAAGUGCGGUCUGCGCGACGGUCCCAGCAAUAUUCACUAUACGGGCUGCAUAUACGAGAUGACGGAUGACCUGAAAUAUCAUUUGAUAAUACUCGGCGCUAUCGGGCUGGGGCUGAGCGUGAUACAGGUGUUCGGUAUGGUGCUGUCCUGCUGCCUGUACGUGAAGCUCAAAAAUGUGCUCGACUGACAAAAGCCAGCGGAUCCAAUAGUCGAGCUAAUGGAUCCGCUCCCGGACAACAUCAGCCUUAUCUAUGGGUACGACGAUCAGCGCGUAUAAUGGAGCAAUCAUGCCUUGUAACACGUUACCUGCUUGCAAGUGCUUUUUUUAGCACUGGUAGUGUAUCCGGUAGGACAAAAUAGUCACAACAUAUCAUGCUGCCAAACUGCAGUCCAAACUGCAGUGUUUGGCACGAUGCACAGGUGCAGCAUAAAGCAAUCGGUUGAGAAGAAGAGAGAAAACCAAACUGCAUCGGCAGUAGUGUUUGUACAUUACUAACACAACGUAGCGUAGGUUUUGCAUUAAGAACGAAGAACAUUUCCAAAUAAAUUAUGCCUUACGUAGGAGAGGGGGUAUUGCAUAGCAAUUUAUCGGCGGGUUCUAGUUAAAAAUCCCCGCCAAUCGUCACGUGUACUAAUAUGAUGUAAAAUUUAAGUUGUUAUGGAUAGAUCGGCGUUGCGGGUAGGAGAGUUUAGAUCGUAAUGGGAUAUAGGAGUUUCUAUCCACAUAAUGGCAUUGUUGUAGUCGGUGUUCCAGAAAGUCUAAGCACAAUUUCACAUAUGACGUUAAAAGAAAUGAUCAGUUAGUGUGCUUUGAUACUUAAAUCAAACUGUCCUACCAGGAGUAGUUCUUACGGUGAUUCGCAAGUACAGCGAGGAGUCUAGCUUUCAAGACAAGAAAAGAAUCUGGACGUAAAUCUGUGUAAAUGUGAACCAAAACAUGGAAAAAAGUUUUAGUUUUCUAUGCGUAAAAUGAGUGCUUCCAUGCGAGAUUUGGCCAAAAUACAGAGAACCCCCAAGAAUAGUUUUGGGCCCUGACAAAUGCUUGCUUGCCACAUGAAGGCAAUAGAUUUCAUACAGACUUUUGAAAAAGAUUGGAAAAAAUACAUUCAAAAUCAUUAAAACAACAGUCUAAGGUCGAUCAUAAGUCCUCUCAUUGGCGUACGCUUAAAUGACACUUAAAUGAAACCCGGAGGAAAAGUCACUUCAAAAUCGAGUAGAGUGUUAUAGAUCAUAGAAAAUUCAAAUAAAAAUUUGAAUCGUUUAAUCGUUAAGCUCAUGGUGGUAAUUUCAAAUUGUGCUUAGAAAUACUAGACCACCGUAUAUCAUUCAAGGGGAAUGUUUCAAAUAGAUUGUGGAAGCUCGCUGUCAAGCUUUACAUACACCACUUCCAGGCGGGUUUAAUUGUUCGCUUCCCCUGUUCUGCUACAAAUGUUUCUAGUCGCUCCUUCAUUCCUCUGUCUUGUCUCGUAUACUAAGCGUAACCUCCCUGCAUCAGCAUGGCUUUAUGCCAAAUCGAUCGUCCAAGUCCACUAACCUCAUGUCUUUGAUGUUUUUGAAUUGGACGUUGAUUAUGAAAUCAUCCAAACUUGGUAUUAGAGAUCCAACUACUUUCUUGGUUGAGUUCAUAUUUUUUGGGCGAAACUAUAGAGUAAGAGAGGAGAACUCUCUUUCUGAAGCCUUUGAAGCUUCGCCUGGGGUUCCUCAAGGGCGCUUCCAAUUUCCUUGUCCAUAAAUGGCUGUGUUAAUAUUCGUCAAUCUUCAAUCUUUCGAUAAGUAUUGUGUUACAUCGUUUGAUCGUUUGUCUUCCCUAGUACUGUGGGACCAUUUCUUUUGCAGAACCAGAUUGAGUAGAGGUAAUAAUACUAGGUAUCUUGGGGUUUGGCUUGACGACAAACUGUCUUUUAGCGAUCAAAUAGCACGCUCACGCUCAAUAAAGCAAAUAAAAGUCUUGGAUUUAUUAUCCGCCUGUCCUCUGAAAUUUGCGAUCCUCUAUGUCUCAAAUCACUACACUGCUGCCGGGUUCGAGCAAUAUUGGAAUAUGCUGCUGUAGUUUCGGCCCCCCUUACUCUCAUCGCUGUCGACUACUUGGUAUUGAAACGAUUGCUUUUUAAUCGCUGAACUAUUCUCGAAUGAAUUUGAUGCUCCUGCACUCCCGACGUCCACGAGACAGACCUCAGCUCCUUAUUCCAACUCGUGGUUCACGCCAUAGCCAGAAUGGCCCUUCCUACAAGCGCUAGCGCUACUUAGCACACUGAUGUUUAGGCUAAGAAUUCAUUUUUUGUUAAACCCACGUGGCAUACAAAACAAGAAAGUAAAUAGAUAAAUGCAAAAAUAAGGUAUAAAAUUUCAAAUUAGUAGCUACUUCCUUGGAAAACAGUUGAUUGGAAAAUUCCACAACAUGGGCGCAAUAUUCCACAAUCUAUUCGAAACAUUCCCCCUAAUGAUUCAACAAUUCAAUUAUGUGGGUUGAAUCCCGUUAAGUGUACUUAGGUCGUUAAUUAAGAAGCUAGAAUAAGAGUAAAAAACACACAUCAAGUGCUAGAAACAAAAGAGCGUAGACAAUAAAUUUUAAACGGAUAUUUAUUAUA